GAUGCUGGUAGCCGCUGCCCCGAUAUUUUCCUCGAAACGGUCCACGUUCUCCAGUUUUUGCACCGCCCGCCGAGAAGAAAGCGGAAUGAAAGAAAUGCUGUCCUGGCCGGCCAUGCUACCCUCGCCCCUCGCCUCCCAGAUCUCCACUGAGCCCACCGAGACCCCAGGACCCUGUUUUAAACUGUGUUGACACCUUCUGAUUGCGGGACGGCGAUCCACACCCAUGUGUUGCUCUGUUUCUGUUGGGUUUGGCGUCUUAUAGAUGGCUUCGGUCUAUAAAGGGGACGGUCCCCAACGCGAAAAGCCUGUCAUUCAUUCAUUUCGAUUCACCAUGUCGUCGCUCUCCGCGCCCCCGAGACCGGCCAUGUGCCCGCGGCAAGCAUCGAGCAGCAGCUUCGCCGAGGCCUUUGACGACGCCCGGAGAAAGCUGGACGAGCUCGGCGUGCGGGAGCCCGGGAAAGAAGAAGAAGAAGAGGAGACGCCGUCGCCGGCGCUGUCGUCGUCCAGCUCGGCCACCGACGAGAGCGCACCCUCGCUGGUCGACACCGAGUCUCCGAUCAGCCCGCCUACGCCCAUCGGUGCCCCGACCACGCCCGCUGCUGUCGACCCUGACGUGGUUGACAACUUCGCCUUCGCCUUCGACAUCGACGGCGUGCUCAUCCGCGGCGGGCAGCCGAUUCCCGAGGCCAUCGAGGCCAUGAAGGUGCUCAACGGGGAGAACGAGUGGGGGAUCAAGGUGCCCUACAUCUUCCUCACCAACGGCGGCGGCAAGUCCGAGGCGGAGCGGUGCCGCGACCUGUCACAACAGCUCCAGAUUGAGGUCUCGCCGGGCCAGUUCAUCUGCGGGCACACGCCGAUGCGCGAGCUGGCGGACCGGUACCACACGGUGCUCGUCGUGGGGGGUGAGGGCGAGAAGUGCCGCGAGGUGGCCGAGUCGUACGGCUUCCGCGACGUGAUCACGCCGGGGGACAUCCUCAAGGCCAACGCAGCGACGGCGCCGUUCCGCAAGCUGACGCCGGACGAGCACGCCAACUCGCGCGACCUGCUCGCGCGCGGCAACGGCAGCGGCCGGCUCAGCGACGUCGUCAUCGAGGCCGUCUUCGUCUUCGCCGACUCGCGCGACUGGGCGUCCGACCUGCAGAUCAUCCUCGACGUGGCCCAGUCGCGCGGCGGUCGGCUCGAGACCCGCUCGGCCACCUUCGACGAGGGCCCGCCCAUCUACUUCAGCCACAACGACGUGGUCUGGAGCACGGCGCACCAGCACGCGCGGCUGGGGAUGGGCGCGCUGCGGCGGGCGGUCGAGACGGUCUUCGAGGCGACGACGGGCGGGCGCGGCGUGCUGCGCACGCACGCCUUCGGCAAGCCGCAGGUGUCGACGUUCGAGUUCGCCGCGCGGCUACUGCGCGAGUGGCGCGCCACGCGGCAUCGGCAGCAGCGGCACGGCCUGCCCCCCACCACCACCCCCACCGCCGCCGCCGCCGCCGACGCCGCCGCCGACGUGCCGCCGGCGACCGUCUACUUCGUCGGCGACACGCCCGAGAGCGACGUGCGCGGCGCCAACGCCAUGGACGCCGUCGCGCCCAACGAGUGGUACAGCAUCCUCGUCCAGACGGGCGUCUACCAGGCCGGCACCGAGCCGCGCGACAAGCCGCGCGCCGUGGUCGGCACCGUGCUCGACGCCGUCCGCCACGGCCUCCGCCGCGAGAUGGAGAAGCUCGCGCUCGCGCGCAAGCCGGUCGCGGACGGGCACAUGCCGGCGCCCGUUGAGGUGCGGUGUGAUCCGCUCGUGGAGGUCUGACUGUUCUGCCCUGCCCUCCCUCACGUGUCGAGACCGAGUUGGUGUUUUCAGGGAGGCCUAAGAGCGAGCGAUGCUUCGGGUGACAUUCUGCGCGUUCCGCGACGGCAAGUUUCGGAACGACCACCGUUUAUAGAUGAUACCACUGCGAAUUCCGUUCUUUUGUUUUUAUCUUCAACUACACAUGAAUUUUUCCCUUCUCGCGUCACAGCGAGUCUUUUCCCCCGGCAUUCGCUUGCCUAUGGGCUGGCUU